GGCAACGGAAGUCGAAGUUUGUUGCUGCCGAUAACUUCCUCAACCGAAGCGAAACACACUGAAACCCAACUGGGGUUGUUUUUUGUUUGUUUGUUUGUUUUUAGAGUAAAAUGUCGGCCUGUUGUGUGUCUGGCUGUAAAAAUCGACACUCCUCAACCAGCAAACUCAAACUGUACAGAAUACCGUCCGGAUAUCGGCCGUUUCAGGCCAACCGGAGACGGUUAUGGCUACAAGCGAUCCGAGAAGUGAACGGCAGCACCGAGGAGCUCAAAGGCAAUGCUCGUAUUUGUGGCGCUCAUUUUAUAUCAGGGGAAGCGUCCAUGGACCAUGAUAGUCCAGACUUUGUGCCUUCUGUGUUUACAUCCACUGAACACAGCCUGAGCGCCAAGAAAAAGGCCAAAUGGUUUUACGGUCGUAGAAAAAAGCGCCGUCGUACAGCCAAUGCUGAAACAAACAGAAGAACAUCUCCACCUCAAGUUGAUUCUCCUGCGGACCUUCAGUCCUGUGUUUUGAUGGAAAAAACAGAGACACCAUCAUCUCCAUCGGGUCCAAAGGAAGGAGAGACUGAAACCGAAAGCAAAACAAUCAAAUCACAAACAACAUCCAGCCCACACAAGGCAGCACCAUCAUUUAAAGUACCAGCAGGCAUCCCAAAACUCAACAAAAGUGCCAUUGUGCGCCUAAAACCUGUAUUUGUACCAGCAGGUGGGUAUUUGUGUGAGCUGUGCAAUCAGAAGUUCCCCAAUGCAUCACAGCUUGUAAAACACAAUCAGCUGCAUGAAGAAAAAAGGUCCUUUAUCUGUGAAAUUUGUGGAAAGCGCUUCACAAGUCAUGCAGAUUUAACUGAGCACGUGUGUGUCCACGAGCCUUCCUUUCCGUGCAACAUGUGCGAUCGAUCUUUCACUUCAAGUCACAACCUCAAGCGUCACAAACUGCUGCAUGUCAAGGAUGGCAGGAAGUGCGGCAGGUGUGGCGUGCUCUUCUGUCAACGUCAUAAUCACAUUUUAUACCUGCCGCAGACUGAGUCCGAACAGGAAUUAGGCAGUGAUGUGAUGCCAGAAGACGCUCCGCUGGAGAGCGCAGAGCCAAGCAAGACUGCUGGCCUUGAUGACGAUGCUCAGAACGCCAUGACUGUAACGCCAUUGGAGUCAACUACUGCUUUGCCUGCACCCCCUAACCCUGUAUCCGAGACCUGUAAUGCCCUACCUCCAGCCUCAUACACAAGAAUCUUAUCAGAGAUCCCUAUACCAGUGUUAAUAAAACCUUCCCGUGUGAAACGCCAACCUCCGCCAGUACCCAGGUACUCAAGGAAAGAUUAUCUUGCAACCGAUGUUCAGCCCCAUCUCCCUCAACAUCCCGAACUCCCACCCUCGCUGAAGAUCUUUUCCCCACAGUACCUCACCUCUGCGUUACUUGAGGUUAAAAGAAAUUACGACUACAUUUUAAGCAAACCAAGGGAUGUUAAGAAUAAGAUGGAUAUUGUGAAGGAGGAACAAUGUGAGCUGCUGCUGAUUUCUCCAGAUGAGAAAAGUGUUGAGCACAUCAAACAGGAAAGAACUGCUUAUGACCUGGAGAUUGUGCUCUGAUCUAAACAGCAGGGGGAAAUGUAUCACUACUGUGUUUUUUUGUCUGUUUUUUUGCCGUUUUGCUUUGUUUUGACGACAGUAGAGAGAGACAGAAAAGGCAGGGGAGAGAGAGGGAAUGACAUGCAGCAAAGGGCUGGACUUAAACGUAGGCUGCUGUGGUAAGGACAUGUGUUUAUGCGCUGCCGGGGCGCCCAAAUAUGUCACUUUUAAAAACGCGUGGUGAACGCGUCUGGCAUUUUAUUUCACUACAGUUUUACCGUCAGUUAAUUGAUAAAGCUAUUAGGACAAUUUGUCAAACACAUUAUCAUUUGAUAGAUAGAUCCAAGAGCUGAAACAUCAGCUCAUUUAUGCUUAUUGUACUGCAUAUUAUGCCACACUUUUGUUGUGUGUAUUGCAUGAAUGUUUGUUUAGUGUUCAUAUGAUAUGUCUACUAUGAAUGUAUUGCUGUAUGCUUCAGUGCCUACUUUCUCUGUCAGUUAACUAAUCUGAUUCAGCACACUAGUAUAUUUUUUAACCUAAGUAACUGAACUCACAAUGCUGCUAUUUUUAUUUAGUAAAGGUUACUUCACUGACAAGGUGAAAUCUUUUUUCCACUGUACUGUUUGGUAAAUAAUGCUGUUCUGUGAGUAAGAGGGAUCUCUAACUGGCCUGAAUUGUAAAACUGUGCACCAGGUGGCAUUUGGACUGCAGGCUAUAUUCCGUACUUUGCAGUUUGUGGGGUAAUAAUCAGUUUAGUCAGUAAACAAAUGCAGAUCGCUUCAAAUGAUAUCAUGAAUAUCAUUAUCUAGCAUCAUAUCUGAAAAGAAUUGUCCAUUAAUUCAGUUUUCCUAUCUACCUCAGUGACUGAGAGCCACACAGAAACUGUAGUUUUAUAUUAUAGAAAUAUGUUUGCACUAAAUAUUAUGUCUUUUCCCCUCCAUGUAAACAAAUAUACUGUAGCUGUAUUCCAGUAUUUCGUGUACAUACGUAUUAUAUCUUUAAGUUGGCCUGUGUGUUCUAAAAUCUGGAAGUGGCAGAAAUCAGAGUGGUGAACUAAGAAAGGAAACUACAUUUCCGAGACUUAUUUUUCCCAUAACACCAAGCACCAUGUUAAAAGGACACUACUUCCCUACCUGCUGCUGUUCUGUAGCGGACACUGACCCCCAGGACUCUGUAAAGGGAGGAGUGAAACAUAUUCACAUUACUGUGUGCUUCUUUGGAUGCAGCACACUCAAACACACUACAGCUACAGGUUUAAAAGUGGUUGUUAACAUAUUGUCAUCUUCUUGUGUCUUUUUUAAAUCAACUAUAUAUGGAUUUCAGUCACUACAGUCAAUGGAUGAUGAUUUUUAUAACAAUAAAUGUUUUCUUUGCCUCAUACUAUUA